CAGUAGCCGUUGACGGCUCUUCAGGUGACGGAUCGAGCCGAGGAUCACUAUUUUCUUUUCCACCCAUUUUCAUUUAUUUUUCGGGGGGGAGAAAAAGGAGUGCAAGGGGAUAGCGUUGCCUAUAGCUAGCCCAGGCUGCCUUGCUAGAAAGCUACGCGGUAGCAUAGCAUAAGCCCACUUCUGCGGUAUAACCUCGAGACAAGUCGGGACAAGACCAGUCUCAGGGCUCACCAUACUCAAUGAGCGGACAGCGCAAUGUCAGAGCGCUCUGGGCAAACUGCAAAGGGGAAGGAUGGCAAAACCAAGUAUGCGUCUCUCAACCUGUUUGAUACAUACAAAGGAAAGAGCCUUGAAACACAAAAGCCUGUUGUUCCUCCCCGCCAUGGCCUGCAGUCUCUUGGUAAAGUUGCUUCCGCACGGCGUAUGCCACCCCCUGCCUACCUGCCCAGUCUGAAGGCAGAGAACAAAGGCAACGACCCCAACGUCUCGCUCGUUCCCAAAGACGGCACAGGAUGGGCAAGCAACAAGGAACCAGCAGACCCAAAGAGUACCGAUGCCUUGUCAGCACCGCAGCCGGAAUUGCAGCAGCCUGUGGCUUCACAGACACCUGCACCGACCCGCCCGAGAACCCCGCCAGCUUCAGAGGCUCUGGCUCCAGCUACAACCCAGGCCGUAGGGGCAAGGUCCUGGGCACAGGCCAGUGUUACACAUGGAACACAAGGGGAUGUUGGAAAGGGAUCAAACCAACCGUCGCCAUUCUAUCGCGAGGAAUUUCCCACCCUGCAGGCGGCUGGCGACCAGGACAAAGCUGGCAGAGAACAGGGCACUGCAGAUCAGUGGUAUGGGCCCGGACCAAGCCUCCGCCCCCAGAACGUUACAAGUUGGCGGGACGGUGGGGGCCGAGCCCAGGGACCCCCCCUGCCUGGGGAGGGGGCAGCGGAGGGUGGCACUGGUGGAGCUUUGGUGAUGGAUGGGGCAGCUGGGGUCCCCCUUCCAAACUCCCACGGGCCACCUAGGAACCCUCCUGCGGGCAGCCCCGCCUUGCCUCUGCCCCAGCCGCCUGUGGGGCCUGGGUUCCCCCAAUACCGAGGGAUCAUGCCUCCUUUCAUGUAUCCUCCAUAUCUGCCCUUCCCGGCCCCCUAUGGCCCUCAAGGGCCCUAUAGGUACCCGGGACCUGGGGAAGGGCCCGCUCCAAGGUUCUCUCGCGGUCCCGACAGCAGGCCUCAGGGCGGACUACGUGACACAGGUGGAGAGGCGGUGAAUCGACCUCCUAUCUUAAAGCAGGAUGACCUGAAGGAGCUUGACGAGCUGGACCACGAUGGAGAUGAUGGUUGGGCAGGGGCUCAUGAGGAGAUUGAUUACUCUGCAAAGUUGAAGUUCAGUGAUGAUGAAGGAGAAGGAGAUGGAGAGGAAGGGGCAGAAGAGGAGAGAACUGAGAGCCAGAAUGACUCACGUGAGCAGCCGCGGCCUCAGGAUGCCCCUCCUGCUGCCUCUCGUCCUCGAGCCUCGGACAGUGGUGGAGACACCCGCCGCACCCCUCCCUCUAAUGCUGACAAUGGCCCCCAACCUCCCUCCAGCAAGUCAGGAUGGGCCGAGGAGGGAGGCAAUAGCUGGCGGGUACAGGGAGCAUCGUCAAACUACCAGGGGCGCAGCCCUGGAUCGAGUGGUCUCCGGGAGCAGUCCUCCCCACCACCUGGGCCGCUCCUCGGACCCUACUCCUUUUACCGACAGGUAGAUCACCAGGACCGGCCCCACAACCAGGGUGCCUCUGCAGGCCCUGGGAAGCCUGGCACCACCCAGCCUCAGCCUGCAGCAGGAGGCCCUACCCCUCCUCCCCAGCCGGGCGUGCUGGUGCAUGGGGCCCAGGGGGAAGAUGAGGACGAGACUUGGCGUCAGCGCAGGAAGCAGUCCUCCAGUGAGAUCUCUGCCGCGGUGGAACGAGCACGUCGCCGCCGCGAGGAGGAAGAGCGGAGGAUGGAGGAGGAAAGACGUGCAGCCUGCGCUGAGAAGCUGAAGAGGCUGGAUGAAAAGCAGCAACAGCAGCAAGGCAGCGAAAUAGUUGGUGGUGGUGGUAGCGGCAGUAAAACCCCCAGCCUCGAUGGAAACUCUACCACUGCCACAGCAGGCAGCCCUACUCCAUCUAUUUCAGCAUCUGCCUCCUCCCCUAACAUCAGCCAGCCGCCAUCUCCUUGUGUGGACUCUGAGGAGCCUCCAGUACUGACUGUCCAGCCCGGGCCCAGUCCUGGAGGCAGCGACAGACAGCGAGCCAGCAGCAACAGCAGCUAUGACUCCAGUGCAGAUGUCCAACAGUGUCCCCAGCCAGCUGUGUCACAGCCACAGCAGCCCACGCUGGAUGUACCUUUACCAGUGGAGAACAAGGAAGAGACUGUGGGCGGUUCUCACAUCCGUGCAGGAAGUGGAAGUGAAAGAGGAAUUGACCCAGUGAAGAUUGAGAAUAUAGGAGGGGCAGCAGGUCGUCAAGCCGGUGGUCCUCUGAGCCAGGGUUACUCCAAGUACCAGAAGUCACUUCCACCUCGAUUUCAGAGGCAGCAGCAGGAGCAGCUCAUGAAACAGCAGCAACAGUGGCAGCAGCAACAGCAGCACAGUCAGGCAUCGCAAAGCCAGCUGUCUUCUCAGCCGCAGCCUCCACAGGGUCCUUCACCGGGUCCCACGCCGCAGCCAGGACCUGGACCCAAGCAGGGUGGACCCAUGUAUCAGCCCAGCAAUAUGGUUAGACCCCCACCGCUGCCAAUGAAUUUCGACCCUCGCUGGAUGAUGAUGCCCUACAUGGACCCACGCAUGAUGCAGGGCCGCCCGCCGCCAAUGGACUACUAUUCAACUGGCAUGCACCCGUCUGGGCUUAUUGGGCGUGAGCGGUCUGAUUCAGGGGGAUCUGGUUCAGACCCCUUUGACAGGCAACAGCAGCAUCCUGGGCACCCUCAGCGUGGGACCCCCCCUAUGGAUCCCAAACUGGCCUGGGGGCCGGAGGUAUUCCCUGGCGGAGGGGAGGGUCGAGGUCUAACCUCCCCAUUGAGGCAGAAGCAGGUGCUGGAGGAUGACGAUGUGGCCAAAGGGCCCAGGAGUGACACUCCCCCACACCGAAUGCGAGAGGGUGUUUUGGGACCCAUUCAGCAGCCCGGCUCAAGCUCCGGGACAUCCAAUCAGACCCCUCCUCCCGUCGGCUCUCAAGUGGGCGGCCAGGGAGGCAGCCACCAUCCUCAUCACUACAUGGGUGGGCGGGGCAACUACAGUAACUUCCCUGACCAGGGUGGAAGGAUGGCCCCCCAUCAGCAGCAACAGAGGGCGAGUGAGAGGGGAAACCAGCCGCAUGGCUUCACCCACCAGGAAGACGGGCCUCCCCGAGGAUCCCAGCAGGGCCAGAUAUGGGGAGCACCACACCCUCACUAUGAUCGCAAUGGUCGUGCAGACCUCCCUCCUGUUGAGAACAACUCUCACCUCCACCUCCACCACCAUCACAGCCACCACCCUCAGCAGCCUCACUUCCCCCUCCACGCCCAUAAGCCAGAAAACAACCGUGACAGGGUUGUCGAUGCCACUGCUAAGAAGACCAACUCCUCUCCACCUCUCCACCAACCUUCCCUCUCAUCUUCCUGCUCCUCUUCCUCCUCCUCCUCUUCUGCCCGGGAAGAUGGGAGUGUCAAAGUUGCCCUGCAUCAUCACCCAUCUCAGAGAGACGGUGAGGCUGUCAUUGGUCACAGUCACAGUGAAAGAAGCAACAGUGGCAAUGCUGGCAGUAGCGGCCAUGUGAAACAAGAGAAAACAGGCCCAGCAUAUGCUUCCCAUUCCACAGUGACCUCCAGUCCACCUCCUGCUCAACAUGGCAGUCAUUCUCAGCAGCACCAUCCCCAUCCCAAAUCUAACCAAAGAGGGGGGCGGGAGCAUAAGACUGAGACCCAGUGGGGCCCACGGCCUGGCAGCAGCAACAUAGGUGGGGGUUCCUCUCAUGGCAGGAGGGCCAACAAUGCAGGAGUUGGGACCAGCAGCCGUGGAGGGGAGGACUCCUCCAACAUUCCAUCGGACCACAAAUCCUCCAACCAGACAGGGGGCGGCAAUGCCAACAAGAGAGCUGGCCCAAUCAAGAAGCCUGUGCUGAAGGAAAUGAAGAGAGAGGGUGGGGAAGCUGACGGAGGGGAAAAAACAAACCCAGGCUUUGGGAAAGAUAAAGAUCAAGAUGGUGGACAACUGGUUUCCAUGAAGCAGGAAGCCUCCCAAAACCAAUCAGCUCCAUCUAAAGAUGAGCCUGCCCAGACAGCCAAACCCAGGAACGGUGGAAAAGAACGAUCCUCAGGAGGAGGUGGGGGAGGGUCGGGCAGAGGGCACAAAGAUGUAGACGGCAACUCCUCAGGAUUUUCAGGGCCCUCAAGAAGGGACAGAGACCGCUCCUUCGAAAGAGGAGGCAGCAGCUCCCAUCACCAAGGAGUUCCCCCCAAAGGCAGCAGAGCCAGUCGUGGACGAGGAGGAGAGUUCUUUGGACGUGGACGUGGUUAUCGGGGCACUUACACACCGAGUGCUGGGCCCACUGCUGGUAGUCGGGGAGGCAGAAUGGGUGGCCGGAGCGGCAGAGACUACCGCCCAUCUGUUGGUGGUGGUCACCACCAGGAGUCCAAGGCUGAGGGGCCUGGUGGCAGGCAUGGUCAGGAUCGGUCCCAGCAUAACCCGGCCAGGGCCAGGAACCGAAGUGAAACCCGCAGUGAGGGUUCAGAGUAUGAGGAGAUCCCCAAGAGACGGAGGGAGAGAGGUUCAGAGACUGGCAGUGAGAGUGGCGCAAGUGACAUUGGUCACUCAGACAAGGACGACAACCAGAAACCCAACACCAAGAAUGGCUCCGCUAAUGCCAACACCACUGGAAGCGGCAGCAUGUCAUCUGCACAUCCCAGAGGCUCCCAGGCCCGAGUCUUCACCCCCAGGGGUGUGCCCUCUCGGAGGGGCAGGGGCGGUGGAGGAAGUGGAGGAAGUGGGGGAGGAAACAUCUACAGGAGCGGUGGCAACGUUGGAGGACCACCUGGGGGACACCGAGUUGGACCCAGCUCAGGCUCUCACGGUGGAUCCAACAAGUCAUCGACCUCAUCACGGAAACAGCAAGGCCCGCCACAAACCCAUGGGCCCAAAGACCUGGGCCGGGGAGGAAAUAGUGGAGAGAAGAAGGACAAGAUAGCAGAUACAAGUCAAGUUCAAAGUCAGGGGACCAAUCCCCCUCAGCCGUCUUUACCUGCUACAACUCCUGCCACUGUGGGUUCCACUGAAAACGGAGGGGUGGUGACUCAACAAGCUUCAACCAACCCAACUUCAAACUCUGGAGGGCCUAAUACGCUCCCUCUUCCUGCCAACCGUGGCUUCCCUCCCGGUGGGUUCGAGCGACCCCCUAGACGUCGUCGUCACGGGCGUUCCCAGCACCAGCAGGACAAACCGCCCCGCUUCCGGAGACUGAAGGAGCGAGAAAAUGCUGCACGGAUCAACGGCGUGGGGGUCAUCGGCGGUGGAAGGCCCUCCUCUCCUGCCCUGAAUUCAGUUCAGGACAGUAAUGGAGCCCCCCUCCCUGCUCCAACGACGGGCAAUUCCCACCAUGCUAACCACAAUGCCCCUCAAAACACCAACAGUAACAGUGGUGGAGGGCAUAUUGGUAAUUCCAACAGUCACCACCAUCACCACUACAACCAGGGAAACGCCGUGACGACACACCCCCAGCACCACCACAGCCACGGAGCAAAGUCCCCCGACUUCACCAAUCAGAACUCCGACCAGGCCAAUGAAGAGUGGGAGACCGCCUCUGAGAGCAGCGACUUUACAGAGUUCAGAGACAGGGAGGGAGGAGGAGGAGGAGGAGGGGGAGGGGGAGGGGGAGGGGGGAAGUCAUAUCCCUCUCACCAUCACCACCAUCCAGGAAGGGGAGGAGGUGGCGGCGGAGGCGUGCAGGAGCGCGAUAUGUCGGGGAAAGAGCCCUUGGCGAAUAAGAGAAGCUUCUCCAGCCAGCGUCCGGGCAUGGAUCGCCAGAACCGGAGGGUCAACCCUGAAAGAGCCGGUGGUGGGGGAGGCAGAGGCCCACGUGGCCCGCCAGGCGGUGGUUCCGGUGGGCCCGGUAACGGAGGCGGCAACCGCGGGGAGAAGCGCGGCAACUGGCCCUCCCCGAAAAAUAGGAAAUGAUGGAAUAAAAAGAAAAACAUUUCAGAUGUUUCCCGCCCACAUUUAAAAACCCACCAUCUUACAUCCUAAUCCCCUUUUUGAUCAUUAUUUUAUGGUUUAUCUGUUGGCAUCCCUACACACAUUAGUGCAUUGUACAGUACAUGGAGACUCACAUUCACUCUAGAUGCCCUCACCCCGACCUCAGUCGGCUCUUUCCCUUUUGCAUCAAUCAACUAUCUACCGUCCGUUCUUGUAAAUUUCUCCGUUUGUUCCGUCUUGCUCCCCCUCCCCCUGUACCUUCCCCUCAGAGUCUCACCCCGUUGGAUUUGUCAAGCAUGAGGUUUUGAAAAUGGAGGUGCAUGUCGUUUGGACAGAAGACGUUCACACAGAUCUACACACACACAUAUACACACAUAUACACUCACACACAUAUACACUCUCAUAUACAAGCACAACUACGACAUCUCUAACAACACAUGGAACACAUGCAGUCCUGUGGGUGCAACAAGAAAAACGUGGGAUUAAAUUGGCAUAUAAUGUUUGGAUCGGGCUGAUUUUUAUAUUUAUGUACCUGUGUGUAUUUCUACCACACUUUGGCCUUGGGUGGUAUUCAGUAGUGCAGUCUUGCAGCACUUCCCUCACAAAGGGAAAGAGUGCAGCUUCACCUUUUAACAAGAACAAUGUACCAUAAGAGGUUUUUGUUUCUGUUUUUUUUUUCCUGUUUUUUUUUCCUCUUUGGCCUCGUGUCAGUGGAGCUUCAACCUCUGACAGAUGGCAGAGGUGUGUGCGUGCGUGUGCGCGUGUGUUUUCUUCAGCAAAGCAGGUCAUUAAAAAAAAACUUUUUACUAAAUUCUCAUUUCCUCCUUUGGGCGACUUUUUGGUCUACCGCAAAGUAUGUCUGAUUACUGUGAUAAGACCCAUCGAAGUACUACUGCUCAGUGCUCACCUACACUUGUAUUGAUUUGUCUUUAAUAUCAAUGUCUCUGCUGCUUGUUCAAAUAGACGGUGUGAAUUUUUUUUUUCCUUCUCCCCUUGAGGUUGUUUAACCUGCUCUGACCUUUCAUUAGCUCCUACUGGGUGUUUCCUGUUUAGGGGGAUAAAAAGCUUUUCAUGGGGCCCCUCGUGGUAGCAUCCUACUUGCCUGCAGAAUUUGUGCACGGCAAAAAAUCAGUUUCCCCAAGGACAAUAGUUUUACACUCUCUCUAUCAUGAGGUUUGUUUACCCUAAUGAAGACUGUAUUAAUAGCGUGAUGGCUUUAUUUUAACAACCAUUAUUUCCUCAGUAGCUUCCAUUUUUAUGGAAACUUUUCUUUACUCUCCCUCAAGACAUCAAUCUUGUUGGGGGGGGGGGGAAUGAAAUUGUAGGUCAUGAUGUAGAAUAAAGGAAAGAAAAACGUUUGACUUUUCAUAAAAUUGUAUUUUGCAUCAGUAGAUAAUUGAACAUGUUCUAAUAAGCACUCCUUAGUAUGACACAAAUCCAUGGUUGCUGUUUUUUUUUUGUUGUUUUUUUUUUUUAAAUUUACUUUCUUCUCCUUUUGUGUUAAUGUUUUUGGGCAAGUUACAUGUGAUGCAACGGGACAGGUACUCUGUCUGGGCCCAGAGUACAGAGCUAAGCUGAGUAUUGUACUCUUAAUACCCCCCAGUGCUCGGGUGGAUACUCCUCCCACUGAGGACGACCGCUACCAAGAGCUCCCUGGUCUGAGGAAGUAUUUUUUUUCAAAUUUUGUAUUCCUGGGAUGGCUGUGUCAGUGCGCGGCGGGCGACGAGUAGCUCAGGCUAAUUGAAUUCAGGACAAAACGCCGAAAGGAAGGCAAAGUGUCACAUGCGUCACCUUCUGCAGUUCACACAGUUUUCCAAGAAGUAAUGCUGACCUGGAGAGUUGAGGGAAAUAUUUGGAUUGAUGUAGGAUUACACGUGUAAACACAGUAUACGCAUCACACACAAAAAACACGAGACGACGCCCAAGGUGAACUAAUAUUCUCAUUGUCACUGCUGUAAGUUGGGGUUUGUUUGUGUACUGACGACAGUUUGGAGAUCUGUCUCUGGGACGUCGUGAGUAGGGCAUUUGAUGAUUUGUGUGCUUGUGUGUAUGUGUGCGGCAUGUGUGCAUUUUCCAGUCUCUGUGUAAUUACUCGGGAAGGGGUGGGGAGCAGAGGGUCAACAUGAUUGGCAAAGCACUUUCUGCCUUGUUUGCCCCCCCAACUAGAUUUAACCAAUAUUAUUAAGACAGGUCUACGGUUUCUUAAAUACAUCCAUAUAUAUAUAUAUAUAUAUAUAUAUAUACACACAUACAUCCAGCUGUGUGUAUAUGUUAAUCAUCCAAAUGAAGGACAUGCAGUAGAGAACGUCACCAUUUUUUUUUUUGGUAGAAUUUAAGCACAUUCUUCAGCAGGCAAGUGUAGUUGGACAUAUUUUUAUUUUUCACUGACUUCUUCUAAGCAUGAACACAUGCCCAUGGGUGCAGCUCGCCUUGCCCGUGACUGGUUUUUACAUUGAUAGCUGUACACUUAACACUGGCUCAAAGAGUCCUUCAUCCCUCCUUAACGUUGAUAUGCGCAUUAUUGUAUGUACCCAUGUUAAAAAGCGACAAAAAGAAGUAGUGUAUUCCAGAAAAAUUACUCAAAAGAUUGUACUUUGUUUCCAGCAUUACCAAGGUACCUGGAGUGGUUCAAACUGUUUUUUAGCAUUUAUGGUUUUAUUAAUGGAACUGUAAUAUACACACAUGUAUGUAUAUUGGUAUGUAUCUAAGUUUGUCUACCCCAACUUACAUUCCCACAAACAAAUGUUGCCAUUUUUAGUUCAAGGGAGCAAUGUACAAGCAGAGAAGUGUCUUAUUAUAAUAAAAAGUUAUACAGAGAAGGCAAAGUUAAAUAAACUACUUUUGAUUUAAUGGAAAA